AUGAGCAAGAUAAUACCGAAGAAUGAUAAAGAGACCAAGCCAAAAGCCAAUAGACGUAGAAGAAAGAAGAGAAGAACAGAAGAUUUUUCAGAUUCUUCAGAUUCCUCAUCCUCAUCAUCAGAAAGUGAAAAUGAAUUAGAUGAUCAACCAGACAAAAUUGAUGAUAAUAAAGAAAGUAUAGAUGCUGAUGGUGAUAUGGCAGUUUUGUCAGAUACUGAGAUAAAUAUUGAAGAAGAAGAGUUGAACAAAGAUCCAAGUUUUGGUAACAUUAAAAAUAAAUUGAAAACAGUUGAAUUAACAAGUACUGCAUUAAAUAAAGGAAAUAACAAGAAUAUAAAUUUGAAUCAAGUUGAAAAUAUAAUAAAUCAAGGGAAUAAACAGUUAGAAAAUGAAUAUUUAAGUUUAAUGUUUGAAAAUUAUGGUGAUGAUAUUGAUCAAAUUAGAAAAGCUCCAGAUUUUAACGAAAGAAGUUUAACAAUUUUGGCAAAUGUUUUGAAAAAUGGGAAUAAUAUAUUUGAUGAGGAGACUUUAAAAGCUGUUGUUGGGAAUUAA